CCACUGAGUGCUUAAUAGUGGCGGAAGGGCUUAGCAGAGGCCAGCAUCCAGUCUGUGGAGCGAGAGGGUCGAGGCAGCACUGUGUGUAAGAAGGGCGAUCGAGGCGGUACCAACUCCAUCACGGCUUUCCUCCUUUACCCCGACGAACCUUAAGGGGGAUUUGAGCAUUUGUUCAGUCUACGGUCCUCUGGAAAACAUCUGAUUCGUUGCGUAACCAGUCCCAGAUGCGCCGCUGUGGAGUGUGUAUGCGCGCAUGAGUCGGUCGGUGCGUAACAGUCCGGAGAGAGUACCUGUGGCGCGUGCGUAACGGGGUUAAAGAAGACGAAGAAGUUUGGAUUCUCCGUUUCACUUUUUCCGCUUUUUUUUUUUUGUUGUAGGUAUGAACGCAGAUACGUGCGUCUCGUACUGCGAUAUGACAUCGAUGGAUUCAUAUUAUGGUGCGUCCGCCCCGCAGGGCAGGGAUCACCAGGCCAACCCGUUCAGGACGUUCCAGACGAGCGAGACCAAAUACAGCCCCACUUUCCUGCCCGGUAAGGGACAGGCGUACGGGGAGAAGUCCCGGAGUCCUUACCAGCAGGAGUGCCAGUCUUUGGAUGGCACCGAGGAGGACACCUUCAACAAGUACCACCACUUUAUGCAGCGGCCGGCGUGCAAAACUCCUCCCGAGAGCAACAAGCUUGAGAGCGGACACAACGGAUCGCUCAUACCCUGCUACGCCAAGGACAACGGCGGGCUGACCGACUCCGAGUGCCCCCCCAACGCAGAGGCCCCGGGGAUGGAGGGCAGCUACCUGAACCUCAAGGAGACCGGCAUGAAGACACAGCAGCUGGAACGGCCCGGCUCCGACCUCUCCGGGCCCCUGGACAAGAGCGAGCCCGAGAGCAACAAGGGCAAGAAGCGGCGCAACCGCACCACCUUCACCAGCUACCAGCUGGAGGAGCUGGAGAAGGUGUUCCAGAAGACCCACUACCCGGAUGUGUACGCCCGCGAGCAGCUGGCCCUGCGGACCGACCUGACCGAGGCCCGAGUGCAGGUGUGGUUCCAGAACCGCCGCGCCAAGUGGAGGAAGAGGGAGCGCUUCGGGCAGAUGCAGCAGGUCCGCACACACUUCUCCACCGCCUACGAGCUUCCCCUCCUCACACGACCAGAGAACUACGCACAGAUCCAGAACCCGUCAUGGAUCGGGAGCGGCAGCGGGGGGUCCCCGGUGCAGGGCUGCGUGGUCCCCUGUGACUCGGUCGCCUCCUGCAUGCCCCCUCACCCCUCACACGGCCCGGGAGGUGUCCCGGACUUCCUGGGCGUGUCCAGCCCCGGGGGCGGUCACAUGGGACAGACGCACAUGGGCGGCCUGUUCGGGGGCCCGGUGAUGGGCGGGGGCAUCAACGGCUACGACCUCAACGUCGAGCCCGACCGCAAGUCCUCCAGCAUCGCGGCGCUGCGCAUGAAGGCCAAAGAACACAGCGCGGCCAUCUCUUGGGCGACAUGAUACUCCAGACCCCCCGACGCCAAGCCCGCCCCCCUCUCCCCGCCCUCCUCCUCCUCCCUCUCCCACAGGAACGGCCCCCCCCCUUCUUCUCCGGAGCGGAGUUUGGGAGGCGUCAAGGGGGAGGAGGGCCGGCCAGACAGCACUAAUGAUAACGCAGGGCAAAGGAACAGGAGGAGGGGCCCGUGGAGAUAACAGAGGUUACUCUAGGGAGGGACAGGCCAUCGAUAGCAACACAGAUAACAGCCUGACAAUGACAGUCAGCAGGCGCAGAGAGAGAGAGAGAAAUAGAGAUGCUACUUUGAACUUUGAUCGAGGUUUUCAUUGAAUCGUGUACAUUCUUCAUUCCUUAAACUCUCAGGUUUUGUAAUUUUCAAAUGGAGGAUGAUGGAUGAUUGCUCCUUCAAUGGGAGUCGUUUGCCUAUUAGAUGACCUGGUUCAGAUGUGCAAGGCUGCUUGCACAGGGGGGACAACCGUCCAUUAUAUCACGUAGACGCCUUGCCUGGAGCGGAAUAACAAAGUGUUUUCACCAGCUAACAUCUAACAGAUAUGACACAUUCAGAACCCUAUUGUUUGCUGCCUUCCAUAAUAUAUUUUCCUCUUUUCCUUUCUUAAACAUGUUCACAAAGCUCCUCCCUCCAAGGCACAUAUUUGUGUGACUCACCCAAAUCAUAAAUCACUAAACAUCCAACCCAGAAACAUAUAAAACAAAAACAGGGAUACUCCACAGCACCAAGGGUACGUGGGAGUUUAGAUUUCUGCUGCACACUGCCCAAAAGAACAAACCAAAUAAUGGAACCAAACAGAACCCUUACUUUCACCUCAUGCUCUGCAAAAGGUAAGGCAUGUAAACCUUCACGACAUGACAAGAAAAAACCAAGUUGAAAGCCCGAACGCAAACAGAGUGCAACUGAUGAAGGGCAGACAUGGCUGGGCCAAUUUAGUCAGGGAGGACGCGGGCGUUGGAUUGGCAGUAAUUUCAAACGAACGUGUCAUUUCCUCCCCCAGGCCUGCCUCCAAGGGUUGCCUUCUCCUGGGUACUGGGGGGCUUCGGGUUACAGGAAACGCCGUCUGCGCGCCGGUGCCAGACGGCAGGCCCCGCAUAACACACAGCAGCAGCCUUCAACACCAACUUACCCCGCCUCGCCCUAAUCAGCAACCAACAGGAGUAGACUCUCCCAAUUAGCGUCAAACCACGGUGUCCAGCCGCCGCGCAAUCACCUAGGAGAGUACAUCACGUCGCAGCGUGCUGCUGCCGCCCGCGUGGACACAACGCCUCCCCCCCCUCCCCCUCCCUUCCACACGUUGUAACGACCAAUCAGUGUGGGGUUUCAGGAGGGAUGAUUUCCCAGAUUCCCCGGAGGCACAACGUCUGUCCGUGCAAUCUGUCACUGUGCGGGGAGGAGGGGGGGAGGCCGUGGGUCCCGGGUCGGUGGAGGCUCCGGGAGCGUUCUGGGAAGUUUAGGUAAUGCGAUGACAUGAGAGCGGAGAGGCAGGAAUGCCGUGAGCCUGUCCAGUGAUUGCUGGGAUGUCUCUGUGUGUUAGCCCCUCUCUGGAGGACGGCUGUCACCAGAGCCGCUCGGCAUGCUGGGGGAUAGAGGCUGGGGGCUUCAUUAGUCUCCGGGCUGAUCCCGGAGGCUGCGGAGGCCUCACAUUCCGUGUCAUCCCCUGUUGGAUCCUGGCUCCCCUCUUCGUUCCCGUCACCAUGGCGACAUGGGUGGACCCAUCACACUGCCUUCAGCCAAGUUUUUCUUGGUUUCGCUAAAAGCAAACUGACAUAAUACAUUUCUGGAUAACAAAA